CUCUGCCCUCCUCUGCAUCACACGCAUGAACAAAGCCACAACUAGUGUCACCAAUCCCAACGCGCCCGCGCAAUUUUAACCACCAGCCCCACUGACUCUGCCCUCUAUAAAACCCAACCAAAUCAGCAUCAGAAUUCAGAAUCUUCAACUAUCAAUUCCCCUUCCGUUAAUCCUAUACGUACAUAUAUAUAUAUCUGCACUUAAAUACUGAUUAUGAAGGCAGUUGAAAUUCCAAGCGGCGACAGCGACACGUGUCGAACGAUUGGCGUCGCCGUCGUGUCCAAAUCACCUCCGGCCACCGGAGAUUACGACGAUGAUCUACAGUUUACACCUCCCUUUAACUUUGCCAUGGUUGAUCAUGGCAUCUAUAGGUCUGGUUUUCCUGACCCUACUAACUUCUCCUUCAUUCAAACCCUUGGCCUUCGCUCUAUCGUAUAUUUGUGCCCAGAGCCAUAUCCAGAGGCAAACGUCGAGUUUUUGAGGUCCAACGGGAUUCGUUUGUUUCAGUUUGGAGUUGACGGCAGCAAGGAACCUUUUGUCAAUAUUCCAGAGGAAACAAUUCGUGAAGCACUUAAAACCGUCAUUGAUAUCAGGAAUCACCCGCUAUUAAUUCAUUGCAAACGAGGCAAGCACCGGACAGGUUGUGUGGUGGGGUGUCUGAGAAAAUUGCAGAGAUGGUGUUUGACCUCAAUCUUUGAUGAGUAUCAGCGCUUUGCAGCUGUCAAAGCUAGAGUUUCUGAUCAGAGGUUUAUGGAGCUCUUUGACGUGUCAACUUUCAAGCAUAUACCAAAGGAGUUUUCAUGUCUAAAGAGUAAAUGGGAAACUUGAUAUAUUGGAAUGAAUUUCAGCUGUGAAGGGACUAUGUUUUCUUUCUAUCCCAAGGACAAUGAUGUUUUCUUUUCCUUCUGAGGACAAUAAGUAGCAGCUUUUCUUUCUCUUGGAGUAUCAAGUUGACACAGAUAUUACAAAAUUAUAGCAGAUGUUUUGUUUUGUAUUGUUUCAGUCUAGUCAUUGCUGACACAGCCUGACUAGAAGGUCUGUAACAAGCGUAUUUUGGUCUUGAAUUCUACCUUACUGGUGCCUCUCAGGAUAUAAUGUAGUGAAAUUAUUAGGAAUUGAAAGAUUCAAGCAUACUAAUAUAAAUAUAA